AUCAUCUAACGGUGCACUUCUCGCGCGUCACGAUCAUCCCAUCAUAUACCUGGCUUCUCAUAACACACUCCCUUCUCGCUUGAAUUAUAGCCUACUGUACACUAUGCUUUCUAAGUCCAGGGUCGACCUAAAGCCAUAGUGGCUUACUGAAUUAGGACAAGAAGGCAGGACACGGGCUCAGUGUCCACCUCUCCAUACUCAACCAUCCGCGCGCGCCAAAACAAAUAUCUCCCAUUCCUGCGACCGAUGUCCUCCUCAUCUGAGCCGACAUGGCUCCAUGGACGGCGUUGUGCCUACUGCUGGCCACUGCGACAAGAAGCCAAGCUGCUGACACAGAGGAGCGACUGGUUGAGCAUCUCCUAAAUCCUGCUCACUACAACAAACUGAUUCGGCCAGCAACAAAUGGCUCAGAGUUGGUGACUGUACAGCUGAUGGUCUCACUGGCACAGCUGAUCAGCGUGCAUGAGAGAGAGCAGAUCAUGACCACUAACGUCUGGCUCACUCAGGAGUGGCAGGACUACCGUCUCACAUGGGACCCAGAUAAGUUUGAUGGCAUGAAGAAGGUCCGCCUUCCCUCCAAGCACAUCUGGCUCCCAGAUGUCGUCCUCUACAACAAUGCUGAUGGGAUGUAUGAAGUGUCCUUCUACUCCAACGCUGUAGUCUCAUAUGAUGGCAGUGUGUUCUGGCUGCCACCAGCAAUCUACAAGAGUGCCUGCAAGAUCGAGGUGAAGCACUUCCCAUUUGACCAGCAGAACUGCACACUGAGUUUCCGCUCAUGGACGUACGACCGCACAGAGGUGGAUCUGGUGUUGCGUUCCGAUGUGGCCAGCAUGGAUGACUUCACGCCAAGUGGUGAGUGGGAUAUUAUUGCGCUGCCUGGGCGUCGCAAUGAGAAUCCAUCAGACCCAGCCUACGUGGCCAUCACGUAUGAUUUCAUCAUCCGCCGCAAGCCACUCUUCUACACCAUCAACCUGAUAAUCCCAUGUGUGCUGAUCACAUCACUGGCUAUUCUGGUGUUCUACCUGCCAUCAGACUGUGGCGAAAAGAUGACGCUAUGCAUAUCCGUGCUGUUAGCGCUCACUGUCUUCCUGCUGCUCAUCUCUAAGAUUGUGCCACCUACAUCUCUGGAUGUGCCACUAGUCGGCAAGUACCUGAUGUUCACCAUGGUGCUUGUCACAUUCUCCAUUGUCACUAGUGUGUGUGUGCUCAACGUGCACCACCGUUCACCCACUACCCACACCAUGCCCCCGUGGGUCAGGGUGGUCUUCCUUGAUAAGCUCCCUGCCCUACUCUUUAUGCGACAGCCCAGGAACAGCAGCGAGCGCCAAAAGCUACGACAACGGCGUCAUGCCAAUGAGAAACUUGUCAUCUCUGGUCAGGAGAGUGGCGAGGCAUGCACAUGCUAUGUCAAUCGGGCCUCGGUCAAGCAGUUUGCAGGAGAAGUCGGUGAAGGUGGCGGAGAUUCCAUAGAAGGAUUGAAUGGUCUGAGGGACGGAGGGCGCGAGGGCAGAGAGGGCACCUCGGCUUUGCCACGGGCAAAGCAGCAGCCUCCUGCUGCUCUUCCUCAGGGUCUUCUGGGCCAGGCAUGCCCAGGUUUUGAGGAAGCUGUGGAGGGAGUGCGCUUCAUUGCCAGCCACAUGAAGUGUGAAGAUGAUGAUCGCAGCGUGAGCGAGGACUGGAAAUAUGUUGCCAUGGUGAUCGAUCGGCUCUUUCUCUGGAUCUUCAUCUUCGUGUGUGUCUUUGGCACAGUGGGGAUGUUCCUCCAGCCUCUCUUUCAGAACUCGUCCAAGACUGUCAUUAACACGCCUGGCUGACCAAUCAGACGCCCCCGCAUCACAGGAUGGAGCGAGGAGGGAGGAGCGAGGGCUCACGCCGAAGGGAACCGAGAUGUGUGUUUGUGUCUGACUUGCUGACUGUGACUGCUCUUCAGCCAUAAUCCUCAAGGUUUCUAUGGAGACCUUUUUUGGAAUAUCUAAACACAAUCAAUAACCACACAGCAAUUUUAUUUUAUUUUAUUUUUUAAAUGUGAAGCACCUCUCAUCUAAUACCCUCCCUCCUCUCAUUUGAGUGACAAAAUAAGCAAGCCAAUCAGGGAGAGAGCACACGUCACUCUGCCAGCCAACCAAUGUUUUCCUCUGUAAGCAGCCUGCUAGAUUGAGCCAUCUUCACCCACGAGCGCCACCAAGCGUGGGUGACAGCAAGCAUUCAACGUCCUCAAGUGACUGCUAACUACUGUAGGAGUAAUGGCUUUAAGAGAAAAGUCAUUUUAUUUCCACCUAUUCUGAAAAAUUUCAAGUAUGAUUCAUUUUUCCUAGUCUAUGGCGUACAUGCUAUAGAUUGUGCUAUAUGCACAUACAUAUAUGCCCAGUGUCAUUGUUUAUGUGUCAGAGCACAAGUCAACGCUCACUUAAGGCUGUGAGGCAAUAUUGUAUUAUUCUAUUGACAUAACCAGAAUGUUUUUGUUUUUUUAAAGUGUAACACCCAUGACAAUACACAAUGA